AUGGCAGGCUCACCCAAGUUCAUGGGCCUGACCGGCCAACCGCUCUCCCUGGCUGUCUCGACGGUCGCGACGACCGGGUUCCUCCUUUUCGGCUAUGAUCAGGGUGUCAUGAGCGGUAUCAUCGACGCAGAUGCCUUCCACGACACCAUGGUCUCGACCCGCGACAACCCGACCAUGCAGGGGUUCGUCACUGCAAUCUACGAAAUCGGCUGCCUCGCGGGUGCUUUGUUCAUUCUUGCCACUGGUGACCUGCUAGGCCGUCGCCGAGCAAUGAUCCUCGGUGGUGUUAUCAUGAUCAUUGGCGCGGUGAUCCAGGUCACGGCGUACAAGGACCAUGCAGCCCUCGCACAAUUCACGAUUGGCAGAGUCAUCACGGGUGUCGGGAACGGUAUCAAUACCUCGACCAUUCCGACAUAUCAGGCCGAAUGCAGCAAGACCUCGAACCGCGGCCUGCUCAUCUGCAUCGAGGGCGGCAUCAUUGCGUUUGGCUCUCUGAUGGCCUACUGGAUCGACUACGGCGCGUCCUACGGCGGCGGCGAGCUGGUCUGGCGGUUCCCCAUUGCCUUCCAGUGCGUGUUCGCGCUGUGCGUCAGCAUCCCCAUGAUCUGGCUGCCCGAGUCGCCCCGGUGGCUGCUCACACACGACCGCCACGAGGAUGCGGAGCGCGUCAUCUCAGCGCUCAGGGGGUACGAGGUGGACAGCGUGCAGACACGGCUGGAGCGCGACGUCAUCCUGGACUCGAUCCGCGCGUCGGGUUUCGCGGGCAAGAAGACGACGCCCAUCAAGGCGCUCAUGACGCAUGGCAAGACGCAGCAUUUCCGCAGGACCAUGCUCGGCGCGUCGAGCCAGCUUAUGCAGCAGAUUGGUGGCUGUAAUGCCGUCAUCUACUACUUCCCAAUCCUCUUCGAGUCCUCCAUCUCCCUGGGCAACAAGAACCUCGCGCUGCUCAUGGGCGGCGUCAACAUGAUCGUGUACGCCGCCUUUGCCACCACGUCCUGGUUCAUCAUCGAGCGCGUGGGCCGGCGGAAGCUCUUCCUCUGGGGCACCGUGGGCCAGGGCCUGUCCAUGGUCAUUACUUUCGCGUGCCUGAUCCCGGGCGACUCCAACACCGCCAAGGGCGCCGCCGUGGGCCUGUUCACGUACAUUGCCUCGUUUGGUGCGACCUGGCUGCCCCUUCCCUGGCUGUACCCUGCCGAGAUCAACCCGAUCAAGAUCCGCGGCAAGGCGAAUGCCGUGUCGACGUGCACGAACUGGCUGUUCAACUUUGUUAUUGUCAUGAUCACCCCCAUCAUGAUCUCCCGCAUCGGGUGGGGCACGUACCUCUUCUUCGCCGUCGUCAACGCCUGCUUCCUGCCCUUCAUCUACCUGUACUACCCGGAGACGGCGCGGCGCUCGCUCGAGGAGAUCGACAUCAUCUUCGCCAAGGGCUACGUCGAGGGCAAGUCGUACGUCCAGGCCGCCAAGGAGCUGCCCUUCCUCACGGACGAGCAGGUCGAGCAGGAGGCCAUCAAGUACGGGCUCAUCGAGACCGCCGCGCGCGGCGCGUCCGGCAAGGCGGGUGUCGCGGGGGCAGAUAUUGAGAACUCGUCCUCGGGCGGUGGGGAAAAGAUGGACUAA